AUGGGUAAGGGUACUCCUUCAUUCGGUAAGCGUCACAACAAGUCUCACACUUUGUGCAACAGAUGCGGUAAGCGUUCUUUCCACAUCCAAAAGAAGACCUGUGCUUCUUGCGGUUACCCAGCUGCUAAGAUGAGAUCUUACAACUGGGGUGCCAAGGCUAAGAGAAGAAGAACUACCGGUUCCGGCAGAAUGGGCUACUUGAAGAACGUCUCCAGAAGAUUCAAGAACGGCUUCCAAACCGGUGUUGCCAAGCCUCAAUCCGCUUAG